ACGCUCCAGAUCGGGCGUUAUGCGAUGCGUUACCGAUACGGAGGCGGAGCGGAGAGAACGUGACCUAGCCGCCUCGAGCGCCGCCGCCUUGCGGCGCACCGUCGCCGGCGUUGCUCCCCAGCUCCGCUCGCGUUGAAGCCACCUCGCCACCGCACGCGUCGCCCCGGCGCCGCUUCCCCUGCCCGGCGUGCGCCGUCGACACCGCUGCCCCCCCCCUCCCCUCGCGCGCUCCACGACCGCCCGGAGACACGGGCGGGGAUGGUGUCGUCGAUCUCGAUGUACCGCGGGAACCUCCACCGGGCCGGGGCCGACACCGACCACCGCUGGCCGGCGCCGCGCCCCACCAUCACCCCGUCGCGGUUCCGCAGCCUGCUCCGCAGCCGCACUCUCUCCCUCGCCCGCCUCGACGGCGCGGCGCGGGCCGACUCCGCGGCCUCCUCCUCCACCUCCCGUCUCGCGGAUGGAGACGCGGGGGUGGACGAGGAGGAGCAGGACGAGGAGGGGAUGGAGAUGGAGGAGGAGGAGGAGGAGGAGCAGGAGCAGGAGCAGGAGGAAGAGGAUGGGCAAAAUGAGCAGCAACCCCAAGAGGCGGGGGAGGAGCAGGAUGAGGGGGCAGUGGAGGAUGCUGAUAUGGAUGAUGCCGGAGAGGUGCUCGUCGGAGGUGAAGAUGCCCAUGGCAAUGGUGAUGCUCAAGAAGGUCAAGGCGAAAGCGAAGGCUUUGAUCCUAAUCCAGAGGGGAGUUGUCUUGAUGUAAUUGAAGAAAGGAAAAAAGAAUUGAGUGACAAGCUGGAUACUUUAAACAAGAAAAAGCAUGAUCUUGUGCAGAUGCUGAAGCAGAUUUUAAAUGCUGAAGAAGAAAUCAGGAUGCGCACCAUGCAGGCCUCAUUGCGCACUACUGUGCCUCAGCCAUCAGAAAACGCAGCCGAUGGAAGUUCUAUUUCUAGGCUGGUGCCCAGAAUGACCGUUGAUGUCAAUUUUAGUGAUGUUGCUGGCGAGUCUGAGGCGGGUUCCAACCAGGGCACUCCUGGACGUCCCUUGCAUCAUGUUCAUAGUAUUUCUCCUUCAACAGCCUCUUUUGCUAGGUCUCCGUUCGGUUCUCUCCAACACAAUUCUGGUCACACUCCAAGAAGUCCAGCGACUUUCUCGACAGCAAGUCCGUCCCGCUUUGCAGCUACUGGAAAUCAAGGACAUCCUAUUGGCCAUCCCUCAAUAUCAUUGCCAGGAAUUAACUUUGUAGCCUCUUCGCCUUCCCCCGCUGCCUCCGGCGGUUCUUCCUCCGUGUUCAGGGAUUAUCGCCCACCCAAUUCAACAUAACAUCCAUGGGCUAAUCAGGACUGUACAUAUUCUGGAGGACAACUCCGUUAUUAAGUUUUUUUUUCUCUUUUUCUUGAGAAGGGGGGGGGAUUAAUGUUAUUUUGUGUUAUUAUGCUGUAUUAAGGGAAACACUACCGAAAUAUUUUUCCAUGACUCUCGUCCAAAAUUAUCCAAUAUGUGUAAAGUUUAUCAUGGCUGUAAGACGUUUUAUGGACACCUAUGUCUAUAUAGUAGUAGGUUCAGCCGGUCGGGCAAUAUGUUUCA